AUGGCGGAGCUUCGGGCGCAUAACGCGCCGCCAACGUCCGCGGAAACGCGAGUAGGGGAACUUACACUCCCCGCUAUGGCGGAGCUGGCGCAAGCCGCGGGGUUCUCAUCGGCGCAACCUCCUCGCACGCUGUGCUCUCAGUGUCAGCAGGAACCCGCCAAGUACAGGUGUCCUGGCUGUAGUGCUGCCACGUGUAGCGUGCCAUGCGUAAAAGCGCACAAGGUGGCGAGCGGAUGCACGGGGAAGCGCAACCGCGCGGAGUUUGUUCCUAUAACGAAGUUUGACGACAACCAGUUGGUGUCAGGUGUGACUAUAAACGACCAUGAACGGGGUAGUAGUGGUCGAGAUGUGCAGAUAUCAGGGGUUCUGCUGCAGUGUCACUUCUCGCAGCGCCACGACCUGCGUUUCCUGGAAGAUGCGUUGCUGCAGUAUGACGUGGCGAAGCGCACACGCACGGCUCUAGGGGUCCGCUACGAGGCACAGGUGGGAAAGCAUUGGGGCCGCAUGCAGCAGACUGCGAAACAAAGGGGCGUGCAGCUGCUGUUAAUGCCUCCGGGAAUGUCCAAGCGCAAGGCCAACCGCACCUACUUUCAACACAGGAAGCGAUGCAUCAUGUGGCAGGUGCGAUGGCAGUUUGCUAUCCGAUCCAUUUCAGUGGAAUCUAACAGCAGCCACGUAGAUGAUAAGGCUAACAGCCGACGCAACAGCAAGGCACACGACAGUGGGGCGAGGAACACGCAAGGCAUGGAAAGGAGUAACACGCAAGACAUGGAGAGGAGUAACACGCAAGGCAUCACCGGCAAUUCGAUAGGCGUUGCUGUCGCCACAGGCCCGCUCUCAACGUUCCUUUUGCCGCACACGAUAGAUUCAAUGUGA